AUGUCUGUUACCCUCUUCGCAGUUUGCUUCUCUGGGUUCCCAGCGCUCAGGCCCUGCCUGCAUAUUUAAAGGAUGGUCCGGGGUGAUAAUACUUUCAAAGACGUACCCUCUUAUCCGCUCUUCCUUCGUCCUCGUUGUAAUACCCAAACAUCACGCAAUGUCGGCUGGGUAUCCAAUUGGCCUGGUUUCUGACACGGUCGACACAAACAUAGGGCCGUAUAACUAUGUCCCGACUCAAUGGAUAUGUAUCAUGUUUCUUGCGCUGUUCGGGGUUAGCAUCGCGCUUCACUUAUUUGAGAGCCUCGUGUUCCGCAUGUGGUGGUUAACCCCUACCGUCAUCCUAGCCGGUCUCUUGGAAGUCCUUGGUUGGUCUGCUCGGCUGUGGUCCAGUAUCAACCCGUCAUUGCUUACUCCUUACGAAAUCCAGUUGGUGGGAACUAUUGUGGCACCAACGCCAUUCAUUGCAGCAAAUUUCCUUGUUCUUGGGAGGAUCAUCAUUUGGUUUGGACCUCAGUACAGCCGCCUGCCGCCUAAGCUCUAUACCAUCCUAUUUUGCUCCUUCGAUGUAAUAUGUCUAGUGAUCCAAGCAGUCGGCGGUGCAAUCGCAGCAAGCGAAGCCAGCCAAAAUGUGAGCGCCACCGAGGGAGGUAAUAUCAUGCUUGGUGGUAUAGUCAUUCAAAUGGUUUCAAUGGUUAUUUAUGUUAUCUGUGCUGGAGAGUUCUUCCUUCGUCUCCGCCACAAUACUCCUAUUCGGGAGAAGAACUCAACACUCGCGGCAGAAGACAAACAAGUCACACAGUGGAAUAGAGUGAGAUGGCUGGUUCUUGGUCUCGUCAUCCAGACCACUUGCCUAUUCAUUCGUUCAGUAUAUCGUACUAUUGAAUUGUCAAAUGGGUGGAACGGCCCAAUUAUCUCCAACCAAGUCUACUUCAACGUCUUCGACGGUGCCAUGAUGACUAUCGCAUUUUUUGCUUUCAAUGCCUUCCAUCCUGGUUUUUUCUUUAAGAACGACCAUCGAGUUAGCAGUAAUGGCAAUGCUUGAUAUUCUUUACAGCUGUUUGCAUAAAUAAUGAUACCGG